AUGGCGGACGCAACACUUCAAUCAUGGGAGUACCUCGAGACACUCCCAGGGACCCAAUUCUACCGUCUCUACAGGAGUCCAGCCUCUGCUCUGGCGAUAUUUCGAAAGCGACUGUCUGCACUGGCGAAAUCCUUUGUCUUGAUGCUGUUGUACAUGCCCCGGCCUCUGCCAGUCAAACAACUGGAACAGUUUGUCAAGGACACCAGCCGGGGUGAACGCGAGCACGCUUUGGAUUUACUUCACCGUUACCACAUAUUUCGAGAUGUCACUCUCAACUCGACAAAGGCAUAUGCGUUGACUCCGGACUUUGCUAAAUCUCUUCGUCGCGCUUUGACGGGAGCAGGAGAUACCCGGUCUUUCGGACAGGUCGCGCGAGUUCCAGAGGGUCGCAAAGUCACGAUAUCGCAACUAGACGAGUAUUCUCGCCAGCGAUGGGAAGGUAUAUUGGGUUACAUGGUUGGAUCUUCUUCCAUACCUCUCGAGACGGCAAAUGAGCAGCCAGCGAUUGAACCGGCGCCAGGAGUCAUUGAGCUUCUGAAGGCUGGUCAUCUCAUCGAGGUCAGCGGGGCGUACAGCCAUGGCCAAAGAGCCAGGAUCACGAAGGAAGGCUUUGCGUUUGUCCUGCAAGAUAUCAAUACCCAGGUAUGGGCAUUGCUUUUUCUCUACGUGGAUAACGCCGAGGUCUUUGACAUGGACAAAGUCGAUGUCCUGUCGUUUCUUUUUCUUGUCUCGUCCCUAGAGUUAGGGCUGGCAUACUCGACCUCUACUCUGGAUGAAACCCAACGGCGCUGCCUGUCGGACCUGGUUUCUCUUGGACUCGUCUACCAACCUCUGUCAGACGACGGCAUUAACCCUGCCAACUACUUCUACCCCACGCGUCUAGCAACCACCCUAACGUCCGACUCGGCCUCGGCUCUGUCGACAACCAACCUGACCAUCGGUACGUCUCUCUCACAGAAAUACUCCUCCUCAUCAGGCACCACCACACCUUCCGGUACCGUCACACAAAAGGGCUUUAUCAUUGUCGAGACCAACUACCGCGUCUAUGCCUACACCUCGUCUCCCUUGCAGAUCGCCCUUCUCUCACUAUUCGUCAACCUGCGUUCCCGCCACCCCAAUCUCGUGACAGGGAAAAUGAGCAAGGCUUCGGUCCAACGAGCCGUCCAGGCCGGCAUCACAGCUGAUCAGAUCAUUUCGUAUCUUACGACCCAUGCGCACCCCCAAAUGCGAAGGCACGCGCAGGCAGAGCAAGCAGCCCUGCUGGCGAGGGCCACCACCACCGAGUCGCAGGUACAGAGAACGGUGCCGAUCCUGCCUGCGACGAUAUUAGAUCAGAUCCACCUGUGGCAGCUGGAAAGAGACCGCAUGACAACCACCCCUGGGUUCCUCUUCCGGGAUUUCUCCACGCGGGCAGAAUACGAAGCCAAUUGUCGGUACGCGGACGAGACUGGUGUGCUGGUGUGGAAGGACGACGCGAAGCGGCUGUUCUUUGUGACGCGGCUCGAGGGCGUGCGGGCGUUUAUGGCGGAGAGGAGAGCGACUGGUUCGGGUGGUGGAACACAAGGCUGA